AUGUGUUAUGCCAACUGGUGGACUGCUUUUUCAAAACACAUUUUGACUGAUAAUAUCGAGAACAUUAAGAGUGAAUUACAAAAAGUAUCAGUAGUAGACACGCAUGACAGAAAUGGAAAUAACUUACUACAUUACAUUGCAACAUCAAAUCAUACAAACAUUGCAGAAUAUUUAAUAACAUUAGGUUGUAAUAUAAAUCACAAGAAUAAUGCAGGUGACCCACCACUUUUACAUGCAAUUGCAAACAAUCAGAUAAAUAUGGUGGAAUUAUUUUUGAAGAAAGAAGCCAUCAUAUCCAGUAGUUAUUACCAAAAUGAAAAAGGUCCGCUACAUGUGGCUGCAUCACUUGGAUUUUACGAUCUAUAUAAAAUGUUACUAAUAGCAGGAUGUGAUACGAAAUCUGAUGAAAAUGGUACUUCUCUCCUGCACUAUGCAUCUAUUAGUAAUUCAGGUUUUGAUAGAGUUGAAUUAACUAAGACCUUAAUUGAAAAUGGUUUUGAUGUUAACGCAAAGUGCAACGAUGGAAGCACACCACUUCACUUUGUCAGUGCAUAUGGAAGUAUCAGAUAUGGUUCCAACGCCAUUAUUGAUUUGCUACUGAAGGCGGGUGCAGAUCUUGAAGCAAAAGUUACAAAUGGAUCAACGCCGCUCUUUUGGGCGGUAAUACAUGGUAAAUUAGAGACGGUACAGCAAUUAAUAAGAGCUGGAGCUAACUUGCAUGAAAUCGAUCCCAAAGGAAAAUCCUGUUUACAUUACGCUGUUCAGAAUCUCCAUCCCAAAGUUGUUAAAUUACUUCUAGAUAAUGGCGCUUCUGUGAACGCCUUAGAUGCUGACAGUAUUAACAACCAAGUCAAGUGUAUCGAUCUGCUUACAGAAUACGGUGCAGAUAUUGAUUCUGCUUGUGUCAUCAAAAAAUUAUCUACGCCCAUUUUACCCAUCUAUGCAGCUUUGUUGCUUAACCAUUAUAAAGUUGUACGCCUACUAUUAAACAGUGGAGCUACUUUUGACUUUGAACAUCAAUACGGUCGAAUGGCACUUAAAAGAUUCGGCAGUCAACAUUCAAAAUCUAUACUUGAAUUAAUAAAAUUUACUGCCAAAUGUGAAGUGCAGAAUCGAGGUUGUGGCCCAAAGAAUUUUCAGCCAGAACUAAUAAAAAAAAAUCUGCAGACUUAUUACUCUCGUUGUAAAGAUGAGUUGAGACUUAUGAGAACAACAUACGUACAUCAUAGACUUUCGUAUUUACAAAUAUUAUUUCGAUCUAAUCUUGAAUCUUAUGUGCACAAUGAUGCUAUAAAAAGGGUAAUCAGUUCAACCAAUACUCAAAAGCUCCUACCCAUUUAUUAUGAAUUAUUAAAUGAUAACAUUAGUGAAGAAUUAGACAGGUUAGAGCUUGUGGAAGAAACUUUGCAAAAUAUAAUGCAGUUACCUUGA